UAUUGUUGAACUAUUCCUCCCGAUGACAGAUCAUGUGAAGUGGUGAAAGCUGAUGUUUUAGGUGUGACUGGCGCGCGCUGUUGAGAAAGAACAUUGCAGAGAUUUACACAGAACCGUAGGACUGAGCGCAGCUUUCCCGUAGGACAGGCUUGAGUGGUUUCAAACAAGAAACUGCGCUACACUUUAUACAUUGACAGCCAGAACCGUUGUAGAUUAGAGUUUACAAAAAAUCUAGCACAAGCAUAGGCAACAUUUUAAACAUAAUCGAGGGGAUCAUACGCGCGCAAAAUGCUAUAUUAUUUCAAAUCCAUUUACUCAGCCUGUGUUAUAAUCCGUGUAAUUUUGAUGCCGUUAUCUUUAGGUGAGAUGUAUACGUCAUUAUUGAACGUAAAACAAGCCAUCAAUGUUGAAAGACAACUUAUUGAUCAUUUAGAAACUUACAUCGAACACGAAUCGGAGCGACUUCAAGACAUAAAAAGGUUUUAUGCAAAGGUGUCGGACUUGCACAGUGAGGUGUACAGUGGACCAUCAGCUGCUAUGGCAAACCCCUUGGUGGCGUUCACUCUUAUCAAGCGCUUGCAGUCUGAGUGGCUGAAUCUGAUCUACAGUGAUGAAGCACAAGAGAACACCCAAGACUUCAGGUCUGGUUACGAGGAGGUGGAGAAGGAGGGCAGCUUGCCCAAACUGGAGGACCUUCAGGGGGCUGCCAAGGGGCUGAUGAGGCUGCAGGAUGUGUAUGCCCUUCAAGUGGGGGGACUUGUGAGAGGUCACUUCCAGAGGAUCACUGAUGGCAACCCCAUUGACAUCUACAGUCCCACAGUAUCUGUUCCUCUUUCUGGGGAUGAUUGCUUCCUGGUUGGGAAGGUUGCCUAUGAGCUGGAGGACUACUACCACUCAGUGCAGUGGCUGGAGGAGUCAGUGCGUCUGUUCCGAGAGGCAGGGGGGGAAUGGAGUCCAGAGAAUGAGGGAACUCUGGAAGAUGCUCUGGAUCACCUGGCCUUCUCUCACUUCAAGACAGGAAACAUUUCCUAUGCACUAAGUCUCUCUCAGGAGUUGUUGAACCAUGAUCCCAUGAACAGGAGAGUUUUAAAGAAUGUACAGAAGUAUGAGCGACUGCUAGUUGACAGUCCACCCUUACUGAGCACUGACACUGGGUUGAAGAGGCCCAACACCACCUAUCUACGGACAAGGAACACCUAUGAGAGACUAUGUCGGACACAGGGCACUCAGCCAACGCAUUAUGAAAACCCCCGGCUCUUCUGUGACUAUUUCAACAAUGACAGUCCUGGGUUGCUACUGCAGCCAAUCAGACGUGAGGUGCUGAGCCUGCAGCCUUAUGUGGUCCUCUACCACAGCUUCAUCACUGACUCAGAGGCAGAGAGCAUCAGGGACCUCGCCCAGACAGGGUUAAGGAGAUCUGUGGUGGCAUCUGGAGAGGAACAGGCUACUGCAGAGUAUCGCAUCAGCAAGAGUGCAUGGCUAAAGGACACAGCCCACCCUAUCAUUGGGAGGCUGGACCAGAGAAUCACCUUGCUCACAAGUCUCAAUGUGCAGCCUCCGUAUGCGGAGUACCUCCAAGUGGUAAACUAUGGGAUUGGAGGACACUAUGAACCCCAUUUUGACCAUGCAACGUCAGCAUCAAGUCCCCUUUUUAGGCUCAACACUGGGAAUCGAGUGGCAACCUUCAUGAUAUACCUCAGCUCUGUGGACGCAGGUGGGUCCACAGCCUUCAUCCAUGCUAACUUCAGCGUUCCUGUUCUGGAGAAUGCUGCCCUUUUCUGGUGGAACCUCCAUCGGAACGGUCAAGGAGAUGGGGACACUCUGCAUGCUGGCUGCCCUGUCCUUGUUGGGGACAAAUGGGUGGCUAACAAAUGGAUCCAUGAGUAUGGCCAGGAGUUCCAGAGACGCUGUAGCCCCAAUCCUGAGGAGUGAGAAGAGAGAAAGCAGCUGCUGGGACCGCUUGGAGUACAAGAGCCAGUCUCCACAAUGGAGCCGCGCGCACCACGCAGGCAGAGCGAGAGAGGGAGGGAAUGAGAGAGGGCAUGAGAGAGCGCUAGCGGCUGGGGGAGGGGAAGGCAACCAAGGAGCAGCCUGCAUCUGUGAUUGGAGCUUCAGGCCCAAGGGAAUAAGGAGCACAGACACUGCUGGAGGGGGCUGGAAUGGCAGGGGGGGCUGAGUUGGUUUUGAGAAGGGGGUGGUGGGUGUGGAGGGGGCAUUUGGCAAUCAGCCCCAAAGGCAGAGCGGCCUCUUGCUCCAAAUCCCCAGUCAGUCCCUGCUGGAGCAGAGAGAGAGAGGCCUCUACCCUCACACACUGGGCUGGUUUCAGUUAACUCUUCUAGGCUGUUUGCCUCCGGUGUCAGUUUGUUUGGGGGGGAAAAAAACGUAUAAUGCAUCCUUUUGAAAAGUGAUGCACUGAAUCUGUCAGGAUACUCUUCACACGGACUGAUCUCAUUAG